AUGAUAAGAAAGAAAGAAACGAAAAUGCGAGAACCGAUAAGUGUAGAUCAAAGACUUUUAGUCACUCUGCGAUAUUUGGCAACUGGGGAUGCUCAUACAACUAUCGCUGCCAAUUAUAGAAUGAGCUCAACGACUGUUGGUCGAAUUAUCUACGAAACAUGCAACGCACUUUGGGACAAACUAAAGGAAAUGGGUUUCAUGAAAACACCUUGCACUGAAAGUGACUGGAAAAAGUAUCUAAAGAUUUUGAAGAUCGAUGGAACUUUCCUAAUAUGCUGGGAGCAAUUGAUGGAAAGCAUGUGCAGAUUUAGUGAUGCAAAUUAUAAAUUCACACUGGUUGAUAUUGGUGAUAGUGGGCGGCAAAGUGAUGGCAGCGUGUAUGCCAACAGCAAUCUUGGCUAUGCUAUUGAAAACAAGCUUCUCAACAUGCCCACAGAUGGCAAGAUUACCCAUUCAACGAAAGUACUACCCCACGUAUUUGUAGGGGAUGAUGCAUUUGGCCUAAAACGCCACAUGAUGAAGCCCUAUCCUUUUCAAACCUGUCUGAGGAAACUAAUUUUCAAUUACAGGCUAAGCAGAGCCAGACGUGUCAUUGAAAAUGCUUUUGGUAUAUGUGCUAGUCGGUUUCGUGUGUUUCAUAGGCCUAUAGUUGCCAAAGUUGAUAAUGUGAUUGCCAUAACUAAAGCUGUUGUGGCAUUGCAUAACUUCCUUAUGAGCAUAAAUGAAGAUGACGAUUCAAAUCUAUACUGCCCACCAUCAUUUGCUGAUCAAGAUGGGCAAAUGGGUAAUGAGUUUAACCCUGGUGAGUGGCGACAAGAUGCAAAUUGUAUGAAUGGAUUGGGUGACAUUACAGAUGUUGGUGCAUCAAAUAACUAUGGUGCAGAAGCUAAGUGGGUUCGUGAACAAUUUGCCAAUUAUUUUAAUAAUGAAGGAGCAGUUGACUGGCAGUGGCAAAUAGUAAGGUGUUCAAAAUAA